GAAGCAGCGUCCUGCACGAGAGCGUCGCUGUUCACAUACCGAGUCGUCAUCAGAUCAGAUCCGCCUUCGGUCCCGACGCCAGGCGGCCGGACCAGCCGCUCUGUGCGCACCGCUGGAUUAAAACACGCAAUCUGUACUUAUUUUUGGAGGGCUUUUCUUUUAACAUUUUACAGGAACUUUACGCAGGAAAACCACCGGGUUACACCUGCGUGCCUGCUCUGGUGGCCGACUCUAAAAACCACUUUGCAUUCUCUCCUAGACCCCAACUUGUUGAUGGGGCGCCGAGGGGCUCUCCCUCAAUUCUUAUGCGUAAUCUGGGUCUAACUCUGUCCGACGGUGGAAGUUUCGAGCAGCGCGGUUUCCUGACAGAUGGCUGCGAUGGGAGGUGAUCGGUAACAGCCCUCGGCGUCGGAUUACACAGUCAGGCUGCUGCCAGGUAAAGCAGCAGGAUGGGAAACCAGAUGGACAGGCUGUCACAUCUAAGUUAUGCAGAAGUCCCGACGGUGGACCCGAACGGCGUGGACACGGACGACGGUCCGCGGAUCGGAGUGUCUUACAUCUUCUCAAGCGACGACGACGAGCUGGAGGACGGAUGCGUGGUGGAUGGCGGAGAAAAACGCGCAAACGAGGAAGAGAAAAACUAUGACCAGCGCGACGAGGUGGAGUGCGCUGUCUACAACAGAGAGGAGUGCAUCUAUGAGAAGAGCGCGAAGUGCGCAAACCUGGAGGUCUACUCCCCGGAGAACCUGCUCAACAAGUGCAAGGCGGGGGACCUGGUGGAGUUCGUGGCCACGGGUCAGUACCCGCACUGGGCCGUGUACGUCGGGGACUUCCAGGUGGUGCACCUGCACAGAGCCGAGAUUAAAAACAGCUUUCUGACCGACGCCAGCCAAGGGAGGAGGUGUCGGAUCGUGAACGACUGGUACAAACUGAAGCCCCUGUGCGCAGAAGUGGUGGUGCAGAACGCGAUGGAGCAGGUGGGGCUGAAGGACCGGGAGUUGAGCUGGAGGAACUCGGAGAGCUUCGCCAGUUGGUGCAGGUUCGGCAAGAGGGAGUUCAAGAUGGGCGGGGAGAUCCGGAUCGGCAAGCAGCCCUACAGGCUGAAGGUGUUCGUGUCGGACAAACAAUCCCACGUGUUGGAGUUUCAGAGCUUGGAGGACGUGAUCAUGGAGAAGCGGAGGAACGACCACCUAGGCAGGACAGCCGUGCUGAGGGAGCUGGCGGCGCAUUUCAGAGGCGUGGAGGAGAUGAAAAGUGAGAUGGGAGCGGAAUGAUGUCAGUUCCUCUCAACAUAUCUGUUACACUGAUCUCCUGAAUCCGUAGCGAUCCUCAUUAAUUUUUAAGGCCUUUGCAAAAAAAACAAAACAAAACAAACAAACAAAAAAAACAUUCACACCCCUGAAGUUUUACACACUGUGUCACAUUGCAGCCAAAAACCUAAUUGCGUUUUGGGGACCAACUCAAAGGAGCACAUAAUUGUGUAGUAGAAGGAAAAUCAUGCAUAGUUUUAAAAUUUUAAACCAAAAAUAUCAGAAAUUAAAGACUUAUUCAUUUAGCCUCGUUAGGUCCCCUAUACAUAGAGUUGGAAAUUAUUCCAGAAAUUAACUUUUUGACCUGGACGUAAAAGGGUAAAUCUAACCUCUGUACACCAUACCCACUGUCAAACAUGGUAGUGGCAGCAUCAUGCUAUUUAGAUUUAGCAGGUAGAAGGAUUUGGUCAUGGUUAAUGAGGAGCUGAAUGGCGGUCAAUGUAGGACAUUCAAAGCACAGAGAUGUUUUAGAAUGGCCCAGUCAAAGUCAAGACCUAAAGCUGACUGGAAUUAUGUGGCAAGACUUGAAAAUUGAUGCUCUUAGAUUGUCUCCAUCGAAUAUAACUGAGGUUGAGCUAUUUGGCAAAAAUAAGAACAGUUAGCAGAGACGUAACGAGGAUUUUGCAGCAAAUCAUUUAUUCAACAGGUUGAAUCACUUGGGAAUACCACCAUUCACUUUCCUCUUCACAGUUGUGGACUUCUUUGUGUUGGUCUAUUUGAAAAUAAUAACCAAACAAAUUGAAGUCAGUGGUUGUAAAGUUCAUACAUUUGAAAACAUUUAAAGUGUCUACAUUUGUUUGCUAGGCCCUGUAAGAAUAACUUCAGCAUUUAAGCAUUUAAUUGACACAUGGACAUACUUUUGGUCCGUGUUUUUUUUUUUUUUAAGUUUAUAAUUUAACUGCCUUAAAGCCUCAAUCAUCAUUUCACAACUCAACUUUGACAAAUGAAAAUGACUGAAUCAGCUGUUUAUUUUUGCUACAAAAUGCUCUCCACUCAUAGAAUGUAGUUUUUAUAAACGCUUUACAAAUCCAUCCCAAAGUGUCUGGAAGCAGGAUGAACACAUUCCUUCCGUUUAUUUAGAUUGUCUCUUUACUUGAUCCGGUUGAGAUUUAAAUUUCAUGUCUCAGCUCUCUCAGACUGCUGUGGAUUUUAUUUUAUUUUAUUUCUUUUCAGCCUUUUUGGGUGAGUCCAACCCAGCGGCACAUGUGGAGGAAAUGUUGUGAAGCAUUGUCUGUUGAACUGAUCAAAGUCUGUGUUAACUGUUCCCAAAGCUUGAGUAAAUCAUGAGUCACUCUAUCUCACCUGGAAGUGAUUGUCAUUGUUUCUGCUGUUAAAGUUGACCAAUACGAAGGUAGAAUCACUCUCAUUGCGGUCUUUAUGCUCGGCGACCAUAUUAGAUUUAGCGACAGAUUAAUCUCUUGGAUGUGCAGCGAACAGAUCUGAAGCAGCUCUGUGAUGCUUUUAUGCUAAUAUGAGCCAAAAUUUAUGUGGUACCAUGAAAGUAGUUCUGAAGAGUACUAACAUGGUGAUGGUAUAUUUUAAUUUAGAAUAUUAAGCACACACUGUAAUAAUUAUUUGUCUAAAUCUUGUGACAUAGCAAAAAUGAACAAAUGGUCCAUAAGUAGGAGUGCACUGAUUGCAGUUUUUUGGCCGAUUGCACAUUGCCGAUCUUUAAAAAACCUCGUCUGCCGAUUCCGAGUUUGGCCAAUACCCAACUUGUUUGUAUGAAGUAUCACUAAAUAUAGCAAGAAAGUCGCUGAGUUGGCAAAAUUAGGGUGACUGUUGUUAACUGCUAACAUGCAGGCAUGACCAGGUGGGUCGGUCUGUCGGUCAAACCUCUCUAAAGGCAGAGCAGAAGACAACAGAGGUUGAUUUUUAGACCUUGGCAGAGGUAGAUGAGAUCGGCUUUACAUUCAAGUAUCGGCCGAUCACCGAUCUCUCAAAAUUAAGGAAAUCAGCACCCGCAAAUUUCCUGGCCGAUAAAUCGGUGCAGCCCUAACCAUCAAAAAUCCCACAAUUUCUAAAGCAACUUGUUUUUGGAAGCUUAAAGCUGAUGCUUUUCUAAGUUCCUCUAGCAGCUC